AUGGUCGCUGGUUAUGCUUUUAACGAGGAAACCAAAAAAUACGAAAGAAAGAAAGCCAUUUAUCACGAAGAAGUAAAACCAGCUGAUUAUAUUUUACGACCUAAUGAAAGUGUGAUAAGCACUAAUAGUGAUGGACAAGAUAAAGAAGAACCCACGGAUGAAGAAUUGAGAUUUUUAAAAAACACUACGGAGAAAUUAAAAGAAUGGUUGGAAGAAUACACUAGUAAAAAAAUGGAAAAAAGAACUUGUUAUACCCAAGAAUUUGCUUACCAAGACAUUAGAGUUUUAAUGUUGGCAGAAGGAACCCAAUUAAUUAAAAAAAUUGAAAAGAAAUUGGAUAAAACCAGAAAAGGUUAUGAACUUUAUACAGUGGUGGGAAUGCGAAAAGUGAAUGACGAAAGGCUGUUGAUUACCUUGGAAAGAGAUUUUAUUGCUGAAUGA